GGUUAAAACACUAGUUAGAGUAACAACAAACACGAGUAGCCCAUAAUACAGCAGCAGUAUACUACAGCACUGUUACCUGUCAAACGUGUAAUGACACCUCCACACCUGCGGGAGGCACUAAUGCAUUCAAAUGAACGACCGGUCUUGUUCGCAAGCUUUCUUGAUUUGUCUGCCAGCAGCAGAAAGCAAAGCAACGUUCGCGAGACGGCGUUUAUAGUCCGUUUCGUUGUGGUCGCAACUCUGUUUGGUCGCUAUUCCGUACGCAUUUCUGUCAAUGUCACCAACUACUUUUGUAUCCUAAUCAACUCAUUUAGGUGCAUUUUUUUAAAUGUUUCCCUAGCUAGCUAAGGUUAGCUUAGCUCGCAAACGGCUACGAAAGCGACGCGUUUGUUAUCACCACAUCACUCGCAUGUGAAAAUGUGUAAAGUAGAAAUGCUGAGAGCGUUGCUGAACGCGCGACUAAGUGCGGCCAUCGAAGAAGUAUUUGGAGUUUUUGCAAGUACGAUAGCAGAGUACGAGGAGGAACUUUGUCGGACAAAAAAGGAGAACGAGCGACAACGUCAACUACUGGACACCGUUUUCAGGCCUCAAGAUGAAGCACACAGAGCAGACGUUAGUGACGAUGAUCUUCCUCUUGAGCAGCAGGAUUGUAACUCCAGGGUGGAGCAGCAGGAGCCAGAGCCCCCCCGAUAUGAAGGGGAAGAGGAGGAGGCAGAUCCCUUCUGCAUUAAAGAGGAAGAGGAGAGAGGAGAGCAUCUUCAACUGCUGGACUUGCCAUUUGCUCGUGUCAUUGUGAAGAGUGAAUAUGAUGAAGACAAAAGUCAGAGUGAGGAGUACAGAGGGGUGGAGCCUCCAAGCAGCAGCUCAAGUCAACAGGUGACAACAGAAGGUGAUGGAGUCCACUGUGAAGGAUCACGUGCGGACAGCCGCUUUGCUCCACUAUCACACUCUCACUCACCUGACACUGAUGAUGAACACUCUAAAGGUGAUAUGACAUGUCACACUGGCAACACACACUGGAAAUGUUCUCAAUGUGACAAAAUGUUUGGUACGAAGUAUACUUUGAGAGUGCACAUGAUGAUUCACACUGGAGAUAAACCAUUCAUGUGUUCAGUUUGUGGUAAAAGGUUCUCUCAGAAGGCACACUUAACGACACACACCAGAAUACACACUGGAGACAAACCCUAUUCUUGCUCAGUCUGCAACAAAAGUUUCAUUGAUUAUUCAGCAAUGGUUAAACACACUCGGAUACACACUGGAGAGAAACCGUUUGCAUGUUCAGUCUGCAACUUAAGUUUCAGUGAUCGCUCCAAUUUGGGUAAACACAUGAGAAGACACACUGGAGAGAAACCUUUUGCGUGCUCACUUUGUGGUAAAAGAUUCUCUAUAAAGGGACAUUUAAUAACACACACAAGAACACACACUGGAGAGAAACCUUUUACCUGUGCCAUCUGCAAUUUAAAUUUCAGCGAUCGCUCGGGAUUGGUUCAACACAUGAGAACACACACUGGGGAGAAACGCUUCUCUUGCUCCAUUUGUGGUAAGCAAUUCUCUCAAAGGGCGCCUUUUACAAAACACAUACAAUUACAUUCUGCUGACAAACCCUUCAGUUGCAGUGUGUGAUCAAAGAUUCUGUGAUAAGUGCCAACUUAAGUGUGCUGGUGAGAAGAACAAUGACGCUUUAAAUACAUUGUGAAGAACUUUUGACUUUGUGUGGUAAGCUGUAAAAGUAUAUACUCUAAAUGUGUCCCUGAAUAAAAUACAAGUGUUCACACA